AUGAUGUUCUCGCUGGACAACAUUCCCGAGGCCAGCCGAUGGCUGGAAGGUGGCGUGGAGAUGGUAGCACUCUUCCCCCCGCUACCCGCAGCCUUGACACCCGAGCAGAAGACGGAGCUCAUGCACGAGAUGCUGCGGCUCGUACUAGGCCCUCUCAUGAUGGCAUCAUCAGUCGAGAGGGGCCUGGGUCGGGAAGAGGGGGGUAGGACGUACGAGACGGCCAUGCGCACGGCGGUGAAGCACAACACCCGAGUGCUGACCCGUCGUUCACGGCGCAUGGCGGUGGGGGAUGCGCAGGAUCCGGUCUGGGCGGAAUACUGCGCCGCGCUUGGCACCGUUGUGAUGGAUGGGGUCGCACGGGUGAUGCAGCGUAUGGGGAUCGCUGCGUCAGGCGUGCAGGUGCACACCGCGCUGGCGAUACCCCCCCAUGACCGCCUCCUGGGCCGCGGGCCAGGGCACAUGGUGAAGGCAGCGCCGGGUGAAGGGAAGUUCAGCUACGUGGCGAUUGAUGGGGGGGAAGGCGAGUGGUACGCACGGUGCCUCAUGCUCUUCCAUUUCAUGGACGACGAGGCAGCGCUUCACAGGCGCGCCGUGGUGCGGUACUUCGAUGAGCAUCCCACUCCAUGCCCCGUGACGGGAUGUGUGAGGCUCUUGCCAACGGAGGGAGAGGAUGAGUAUGCCGUUGUCGAGGUGGAGAGCAUUCUGUCCCUUGCCCACAUUGUCCCGUGUUUCACAGAGCCCCGUUUCUCGUUGGUGAAUCGGUUCCUGUUUGAUGAGUGA